AUGAAUGAAGUGAAAAAGUUCAAGGAAAUGUUUGCUACGGGUAUCCGAUUUCCAUAUGAAAUCUCGGCGCGGACGCAGCGAGAAUUCGAAACGUCAAAUACAAAGAAACGUCAAAUUCAAAUUCCGAAUGUCAUGCCGCCGUUAGAAAUUCGGCCAAUAAUGAUAGCAGUGGAAUCGCACUGUCGUGAGUCAACGGCCGGUGAAAUGAUUCGACGGUUCGUUCACCUUUCACCCAAUUUGCCUAAAAGCACCUCGACCAUGAACGGAUGGUAA